AUGGGUAGCAUGGCAAGAGAAGGAAGGGAUAAGAAAAUACAGAGGCCGGAACCGGCCGCCUCGGCCGUCCCACCGCAAGAUCUCCAGAACGCCACGCUGUACACGCUGUGCCGCAACAGCGAUCUCCACGACAUGCUCGAGACGAUCCAGAACUACGAGGACCGGUUCAACGGCCGGUUCCACUACGACUGGGUGUUUCUCAACGAUCAGCCGUUUGACGAUACUUUCAAGCAAGAAGUGGCGAACUUGGUGUCCGGAAACUCCAAAUUUGGCCAGAUCGACGCACACCACUGGCAGUUCCCGUCAAGUCUGAAUCGCACACUCAUGGAGGAAAAUAUCGAGAAACUGCUCUCCGACGAGGACGGCGUGCUGCCCUACGCCGACUCCGUCUCAUACAGACACAUGUGCCGGUUCGAAAGCGGAUUCUUCUACCGACAUCCGCUGCUCCAGGAGUACAAGUACUUCUGGCGGGUCGAGCCGGGCGUCAAGCUCUACUGCGACAUAGACUAUGACAUCUUUGCACACAUGCAUGCCCACAAAUACGCAUACGCAUUUGCCAUCAGCAUUCUGGAAUACCCGAAGUCCAUUCCCUCGCUGUUCCGUCAUGUCAAGGAUUAUCUGCGGUUGGCCGGCAAGGAAGCGCUCCUGCACGAUGAGUCCAACUAUGCCAGGUUUGUGUACGACGGCGACACAGACUCGUACAAUCUGUGCCAUUUCUGGACGAAUUUUGAGCUCGGAGACCUGGACGUCUUCCGCUCGCAGGAAUAUACCGAGAUGUUCGAGUAUCUCGACCGGCAAAACGGGUUUUUCUACGAGCGCUGGGGAGACGCCCCCGUGCGCUCGCUCAUCCUGUCGCUCAUCCUGAAAAAGGGCCAGAUCCACCGGUUUGCAGAUAUCGGCUACAAGCACGAGCCGUAUCUCCAGUGUCCGACCGACGCGGCGCUGCGGCUCGCGAAAAAAUGCUCGUGCAACCCGGACAUGGACUUCACCCACAACUGGUACAGCUGCUCGUGGUGGUUCGACCGGCUCGACGGCUCAUAG